UAUUUCUGUAUAGACUGUUACCUUCUAUUUGUAAGUGUAUGACGAUGUGAUAAAAAUCCCUUCACAGUUGAAGAAAUGGGCAAGACAUCAAAAGACAAAAGAGACGUGUAUUAUAGACUGGCGAAAGAGGAAGGAUGGAGGGCAAGGUCUGCUUACAAGUUACUUCAGAUAGACGAGAAUUACAACAUAUUUAAAGGAGUAACAAAAGCUGUGGACUUGUGUGCCGCUCCAGGGAGCUGGAGUCAGGUUUUGGCCAAAAAGCUCUGUGUUCCAGGCGUGGAGAGCAAGAUAGUCGCCGUGGAUCUUCAGGCGAUGUCACCGUUACCAGGAGUUAUUCAGAUCCAGGGAGACAUCACCAAGAAAACCACAGCCGAAGAAAUUAUAAAACACUUCCACGGAGAGUUCGCGGAUCUUGUGGUCUGCGACGGUGCACCUGAUGUUACCGGCCUACACGACAUUGACGAAUACAUACAGUCACAACUACUCCUCGCUGCUCUCAACAUAACAACGCAUAUUCUAAAGCCUGAUGGUACCUUCGUCGCUAAGAUUUUCAGGGGUAAAGAAGUUUCCCUUCUUUAUUCGCAGUUGAGAAUUUUUUUUAAAAGGGUCACCAUGGUGAAACCGAAGAGCUCUAGGAACUCUAGUAUUGAAGCGUUCGCUCUCUGUGAAGGAUACAACCCCCCAAAAGGCUACGUCCCUAAUAUGGUCAACCCAAUAUUGGAAAACACAUCUGUUAACAUGAUGAAGGCCAACGAAGUUAAUUCUUUUAUCGUGCCAUUCUUGGCAUGCGGAGAUUUGAGCAGUUUUGACUCAGAUACAGCAUACCCUUUGUCCCUUCCGCAGAAGUACAAACAAAGGGAUCCGGUGCAGAGGCCUAUAUUACCUCCUUACAUGGAAUCUCUCAAUAUUAUAUCUAAACCUGGCGAUGUUUUUGUGCAAAGAAGUGAACAUGUUUAAUAUAAUUUCCAUUGUACAUUUAUAUUCUGAAAUAAAUUUAUAUAUUUUUAUA